UAUUUCAAUUAAAAUUAUUGGAUUUACUACAACGUUUACCAAUUAAAGAUCGAACAACAGUUAUUAAAAAUGGAAUUAUGGAACAAAUUGAAAAGAAGAUAAAAAUGACCAAAGAUGUAACAGAUGAUGACGAUGAUGUAGGCAAAGUUACUGGUUGCUGA